AUGCCAACACCAAACUAUAUAAAAUACAUACUAGAAUCACCAAAUAAGUGUGGCAAUACCAAUGUUGUGUCCGGCCUAACACUACAAAACUUUAUUGACAUUGGAAGGUUUUAUGAAAAGGUUUCGAAAAUCGACACAAUUUUAAACGGGUCUUCACCACAAUUCAUCAACGAUCUUAUUGAAACAGAGGAAACUCUUAAGGCUGACACUAAACAAGUUGUUAAACAAUUGGUCGAAAAUUUAAAGAGCGAUUUUUCACAAUAUUUGGAGCCGUUUCACCGACUCAAACUGCUGGUCGACGAAAUUACAAGGUUUGGCAAAGUAAGUUUAAGUAAAGCAGGCCAGGAUAAAGCAAUUAGAAGUAAAAGUAAUUUUCUAUUAAAAAAGCAUUUUAAGAAAUUUCAAUUUACAACUUAUUUUAAAACUUAUAGCGAAACCCAGACGAUGUGGCAUUCCGUGAAAUUCAAAUUGGAUCAUGGGGAAAACUGAGCGAUGUUUUCAACGUGUACGCAUUAGUAAGUAACAAACUAUUUUUCCAAUGUAAAAAAGUGGGUCUUUAACUGUACCAUUAUUCCAGUUUCGCUACAAAGGUUGGCAUUGGAUUAACAAGACAGAAAAUUCAACUUGUAAAGACGUCUUAUCGAUCUUAAAGCUUUCUAUCAACAAUGAUACUUUGUUGUCCGCUAAAUUAAAACACGCAUAUGACACAACGUUAAGACAUUCACGACGUUUUGAACCAUUUCUCCAUCUAAUCCAAAACAAAAUACGCGACCGAAGCGAAUCGACAACAACAGAGUUGCUUAUCCACGUCUGCCGGAUUUUGAAUGGGUUUGCCGAGCCUGGGUCAGGCAGGUUGGAAGAGGUUUUAGAGGUUCGCUUAAACCAACAGUUUAGUGUCAAAGAAGCAUGCGAGUGUGUUAACGUGCAGCCGCCACCAGGGUACGAAGAAGAGCUGAAGCGGUACAAAUUGGCGCGUAAACGACGCUACUUAAUGUGGUGGCCAUUUUUGUAA